AUGUUAUAUCCGCCAUUUUCUCCCACGCCGAAAAGAACCGAUGUUUUUACCAGUUUGACGUCAAUUUGAUCUGUUUAUAUAAACACAUAACCCAAACGAUUGCAGAAAAUGGAAGCUGUUAGAGCUUUCAACAAUGAGCUGUCAAGCUUGUAUGAGGGAAAGCCGCCGGUAUCCCGGGCGAAGAUGUCAACUCUCACCAAAACUGCUAUCAAGGCUAUUAAGUUCUACAAGCAUGUUGUACAGAGUGUGGAAAAGUUUAUACAAAAAUGCAAACCGGAGUACAAAGUUCCUGGCCUGUACGUGAUAGACUCAGUGGUUCGCCAGUCAAGGCACCAAUUUGGUGCUCACAAGGAUGUGUUUGCUCCGAGGUUUACUAAAAACAUCAUCAUCACCUUUCAGCACCUCUUCAAAUGCCCUGCAGAUGAGAGGAGUAAGAUCGUGCGUGUGUUGAACCUGUGGCAGAAAAAUGAAGUCUUUUCCAGCGAGAUCAUACAGCCCCUGCUAGACUUGGUUGCUGACCCCACCAAGCCCUCACUUAUUGCUGCAGCCCAGUCAGCAGUGGACCGAGUGUUGGCUUCCAGUGGGAAGCCUGGCGGUUCCCAGCAGCAGCAGCCCUCAGGGCAGGGAGAUGGCCCACAUGGCCAGAUGGCAGCUGAGAACAUGCUGGCUACACAGAAUGACAUGCUCAACACUGUUACACAGCUUCUACAAAACACCAACACGGGUAGCCAGAGCCUGGACGCCCAGCAGCAACAACUACAACAGCUACAGAUGCUACAGCAGCAACUUAUCCAGCAGACGGCUCUGAUGCAGCAGCCGAGCGGUGGGGCCCCCCUCAUAGACGCCAACCUCCUCGCACAGAUACAGACCCUCACAAACCAGCUCCUCCAGAAAACAGAGGGACGGACAGAUGAAGCCAGUGGAUUUAACAAGAAACUACUGGACUUUGACUAUGGAGAGAGCGAUGAUGAGGAGGGAGGAAGGCACAACAUACACGGGGAGGUGAAGACAAUCCUGAGUGACCAGAGCCUGAUGAAGCAAAUCAACGAGGUGUCCGCGACCAUCCAGAAGAACCAGCAGUACACCAACGAGCUCUCAGACCUUGAACGAAGACGAUUCCUCGAACAGCAGCAAGCAGAGUUUGACCAACAGAUUGCUCAGGACAUUAGUGGUGGUGGAGGAUUCCAGGGCCAGCCCCCGAUGCCAGAGGGAGCGUACCCAGAGGAGGGAGAAUACACUGAGGAUCAGCUGCAAGAUGAGGACUUCCGAGACCAUCAGCAGCUUCGUGGUCGGGAAGACAGAGACAGGAGGGACCGCCGGCGCAAGUCACGUGACGGGUCAAGGUCACCAAAAAGACGGAAAAGAUCAAGGUCACGGUCUCGAGACCGCCGCCCCCGUAGAUCACGGUCCAGAGACAGACAUAGGAGGUCAAAGUCAAAAGAUAAAGACCGUGAACGAGAGAAGAGAGAGAAGGAUCGAGAACGCAAAAAGAAGGGCAUUCCAGCUGUCAGAGCCAACUUUGUUACAAUCUGCACAACAACCAUAUGGAUCGGUCACCUUAACAAGUUUACCUCAGAGGAAGAACUGAAGACUGAGCUGGAGCGAUAUGGACCUGUCAUUAAUAUAAAUAUGGUUCCCCCUCGAGGCUGUGCGUACGUGGUGAUGGAGAACAGGAAAGAUGCCAACAAGGCCAUAGACCGCUUGAAGGGCUCCAAACUUAAAGGAAGCGCUCUCAAGACUGCUUGGGCCCAGAGUGGCAGUAUACGGGGCUCUGCGUUCAAGGAUAGCUGGGAUCUGGAUGAGGGGGCCAUCUAUGUCCCUUGGGACAGCAUGCCCGCCGACCUCACCACCUUCCUUGAUGGGGCCAUUAUUGAUGCAGAGUCCCUACCAGAACACCUCAAAGACAUUCCCUGUGAGCGUACGAAGGGAGAUAUCGAAGCAGCCUCCGCACCGCCACCCAUGGGUCAGCCCCCUCCUCCCAUGUCCAGUAUGGCCAACGUCAUGCCACCACAUAUGAUGGGUAUGAUGGGAGGUCCUGGUAUGCCAGGAAUGAUGGCAGCGGGGAUGAUGAUGCGCCCCAUGGUGCCGGCCAUGCCUCCUCAGCCCUCAAUGCCAGCCCUACCCCCCGGCCAGCCCCCCACACCGAUGAUGCAGGCCGCCCCACCUGUACCUAGCAUGCCCAACAUUAGACCACCGAUGACAGGAGGCAUAGCUAACAUGGCCACUUCAGCUGCCGCAAACUCCCUGGCCCAAACAAUCCAGAACAUCAUGUCCACUACCACAGGUGUGUUGCCCAAUUCCCCAGCUGUUCCACCAAGGCCCUCAGGGUUCACAGGGACCAGUCCCCAGGUGCCAAGAUACAGCUUUAACCCCAAUAUGCCUCCCCCAGGCUUUAGAAUGCCACCGCCUGGGUUUCAGGGUGCACUUCUCAACCCCAUGAUGGGAGGCCCUGGUGCAGGGGGUCAGCCUUCAGAGGUCCCAGGGGGAGUAGGGCCCAGACCACCCAUGGGGCCUGGGAUGAAUGAGAGACCCCCACUACCACCUGGACCACAGGGGCCCAAACAGCCGGAGAUGAUGUGGCCUCCCGACAGCAAUGAAAUGGAUGAAGACAUAGAUGAUGAUGUUGAAAUGGGCAAUCAAGGUCCUCCAAACAUGAACAAUAUGCAGUCACCAUUUGGAAGAGGCAUGAACAGGCCUCCAAUGGGAGGACCAGAUAUGGGGGGACCUAGGGGAAUGAGACCGCCCGGGGGGUUUCAAGGAGGAAUGCCUAGUCCUGUGAACCAGCCUUGGGGUAUGAACAAUAGAAUGGGUGGACCCAGAGGCAUGGGCCAUAGGGGAGGACCCCACAACAGGUUUGGUGGACCUCAGAAUAUGGGUGGACCAAGGGGAGGACCUCCUCCAUUUAUGCCUGGAGGUGGCAGAGGGGGAUUCCAGCCAAGAUUUAAUCAAUCAGGAAACAGAAACCAGGGUCCUGUCUCCCUCUUUGACUUGCCUGAUAUUCAGCCUAAGUUUGACCGACGACGCCCAAACAGUUUUGAGGAGGAGGAAGCAAGCUAUGGUGAAAAUGAGAAUUAUAAUGACAAUGAUAACUAUAAAGGAAAAUAUGAUGAAGGUUACAAUGACGAGUAUUCAGAAGAAAAACAGGAUAUGUCUCAAGAGCCACCGGAAGAGAAAACAGAAGAACCUGAGGAGCAGGCACGGAGUAAUGUUUACCCAUUUAAUAAUUGGUCUGUUGUAAAACAUGGCAAAAGUGAAAGUAAACAACUUGAAACUGACAGUGGUUCAGAUAAUCAGGGUAGAGAUAGAAGUCGAAGAGACAGAAGUCAAGAACGUGAUAGAGAUAGAGACUUUGGAAGAGACCGUGGCAGAGAUAGACCUGAUUCAAGAGACAGGGAUCGAGACCGGCGAAGAAGUAGGGAUAGUUCUAGAGAUGGUGAUCGCAGACAUCGGGAUGACUCUCGAGGAGGCCGGAGAGAUGAUAGAGAAAGGUCUCGCAAAAGUAGGUGGGGAGAUGCACUGGAAAUCACUGAACCUGCUGAUACAGCUAAUAAUAUAGACAAAGAAAUGAGUGUAAAUGAGGCUGCAACAGAUAAUAAGACUGGAAAUACAGUGACUGAAUCUACAAAUGUGGAAACGACUAUUAAUGAAAGUGAAUCAAAUAUAAAUGAUACACAAAAUGAAAGUGUAUCUAAUACUACUAAUGAUAAACAAAAUACACAAAAAGAAGGAACUGUAGAUGCGGAAGCUCCUUUAAAUGACAUUGUGAAUGAACCUGUUACCAACGAUACAGGAGAACCAGUUGCCAAAACUGAUACAGAAGCUGAGCCUCCUAACAUCGAACAUCAGCGAAAUGUGGAACCUGAGCCAAGUCAACAAUCUGAGGAAGCUUUUCAAUCUAAUGGAACCUCACAGUCAAUAGAGACAGAGGCACAGUCAACAGAAACACAGGAGGCAGUUAACAGUGAACCUAGUGUAGGAAGUGAAACUAUUGGGAAAAAUACAGAAAGUGUAGUCCAGAAAGAACCAAAGCUUGAUUUAGAAGAAGGGGAAUUAUCAAGUUAAUGAUAAUGACAUCAUGUUGCUCAUCUGUGUUCAUUAUACUAUUACAUGUCAAUCAAAUAUCAUGGUUACGAAAUGUUAAUUGUUUUUCUCAAUUACUAAGCAAGUGUUGAUUCUCAGAAAUUUACGUGAUCAUGUUUCUUUUUCAAAACUGGAGUUUGGAAGAAAUCAUUUUUUUAUUGUCAAAUUAUCAUUAUAUGGUUUCCUUUAUUUUUGGAUGCCUACUUAGUUACAAGUUGUCUGCGAACCAAUGUCUACACAUUUGACAGAAGACCAUAUUGGUUUUCUUACAUGAAAGAUUGAAAUCAGGUGAUAUUGUUAAAUUGUACAGAAGUAAUUUUAUUUUUAAUUCUGCAUGCAUUUGUUUUUUAAACAGGGCAUGCCUUACUUGUGAUCUCUCCGAUUCGGGAGUAAAAUAAAAAUAUGUAAAAAGCCCGAAAAUGUCUUCUUUCUGCCAUAAAAAAUAUUUUGUAAUUGGAAAAAGAAACAUAUUUUCAUUAUUCUGGUUAUUAAGAAUAGAGGUGAAGAAGAUGUGAUAUUAUAUGAGGUGCAACACCGUCACGUUUGUGUUUGUAAUAACAGGUUCAUGUUAUGGAGGCAAUGUGUACAGUGGUGAAAGGGCUGAUUUAUGAAGUGUUGAUGGAGGUAGUAUGUUAUGAGGUAAUCAAAGACCAGCGGGUUGGAAGUGUAUAUAGUGCAUACAUUUUGCCUGUUCCAAAUGUUGGUUCUUGUAAAAAAAAAGCUGCUGGUAUUAUUAACAGAAUAUUUAUAUUAUGCUAUGAAAUUCACCAUGGCUGUGUAGAUCGCACAUAUUGUGCUGAACUCGUAGAGAUUUGAAACAUUGCGCAAUUAUUAUGUGAACUUAAAGAGACAGUGAAAAUCAUCCAAGGUAGGUGACUUGCCAAUUCACAAGUGUGGAACGAAGGGAAGAGACUCAUCCGAUGCCUGCGUAUGUAGAAGGACUUUAUACAAGACUUUAUUCCUUGCGUGUCUGUGCUAGCCUAAGGUAUGUUGUUUGUACUGUAUGAAAUAUUUCUGCUUGAUUUGUAUGAAUGUCACCUCAAUUGUUUUUAUUCCAAUUACUAUUUUGACUGUUUGGUUGCAAUAAAUGGUGUGUAAGGUAUGACAAGUGGCAUUCUAUC